GAUAGACCUCGAUAGACCAAAAGAAUGACUACUGCUUUCGUUGACCCAGUCCAUUUGUUGACCCUGACAGUAAUCUAGUGACUCUACACACAGUAAUUCUAAUCCCACUCAGUAAAAAGAUGAGGAGACCUUGAUCUACUGAUUUUUUCCUCAGUGAUUGGUAUCCUCUGGCUUCCCCGGUAUUUUCAUUGACUCUGAAACCGGCGCAAGACCAAUUGGCUCAAUUGAUGUUGGGAAACAAGACAAAACAAGCGCGCAAACCAGAAUCUCUCAAACCGACCAAUACCUCCUUAACCUCUCCUCUCCUCUCCCUUUGUGUGAAUCAUUUGACCCCUUGUGCUUGUCCUUGUCCUUGUUCAUAUCCUUUUGUUUCCUCAUGACGUGUGGGCUCCAACACAAAACUGACACGUUACAACAGGACAUUAGGCAAUUAGGCAAGAAUUCACACACGAAAACUCCCUCUCUCUCUCUUGCCUCAAAAUCCCCAAGCCACAUCGAUAACCAAACCAAUGAAUUGGUUUGGGGCAAUAAGUUUUGGACAAGUCACACGGCACGUAUACACAACUCUGUGCCAAUACAUUUAGCAUCUCCGAGAUGGGAUGCAGGUACUAUGCAGGUACUCGUCACACAGCAGCCAGACUUCCAGCCUAACGAUUUUGACAACGUCGCCCCCGGCCGGAGUGAAUUAAGGUUGUGCGGUGUGUUGUUGUUGAUAUUGGGGGGGGGGGGGAGAAUUAUCGAUACGAGCAUCACCAACCACUACGGUAGGGUUCCCUUCCCUUCCCAACUCAACAUAAACGAAAAUCGACUGUAUUCGGGGCAGAGGAAGAAAACCCGGAGGGGGAGGGGAGGGGCUUCAAACCCCCCUUCCUCUCCUCCUGCUUGUCCCAGUCGAGCACACUGGCAAGGAUUGGAGAGAACUCAAUUAUUCAUAUGAGUUAAUAACUCCAAUCCCAAGUAUGACGCCAUAUCCCUCAUCCAUCAUGGAUGAUUCCAUCCCCGAGAACCCGAUGGGGCUAACCCGACGGCGGCGGGCGGGUGAAAGGGACAGGCAAAAAGGAAGGAGAGGCACCAAAAAACCCUUGCCAA